AUGAUGACGUCGGGUUGGAUGCAAGAAAUGGAGCCGAUUCCGGAGGAGGGUACAGAAGCCGACGGUUCCGAAUGGGGAGGUGCGACGUCGGAAGGUGGUGGACCGGGAAGACGAACGUUGCGAAAGAAGGAGGUUUAUACGUCGGAACAGAUCAACACACUUGUAAGGUACGUGUGGCUCUCGAUAUCGUCAAGACGAAUCGGUGAUCCAUUUUUGAAAAAUCAAUUUUUUUUUCAAUUUCAAUAUUCCUAUUUUUUCAGCACAGUACCCAAAGAAUCGGUACCGCAGGAGUGGCUCGUCGAGAAUCAGGUCGUUGAUCCAGAAAUGGCCACUUCCUACCUAACGGAAUCAUUGGCUGGACCAACGAGCGCUCGAGGGUCCUCCUAUUCAUAUUCCUACGAAUCACACUAUGAUAAUCCGCCAGAAGAGGAAUAUGAACAUUUCACAAAUGAUGAUGGAGUACACCAGAUGCAGAAAGUAACCCGAGUCACAAAAGUGACCACAACCCGAUCAGUCCGUCAAGUGCCCGUCCAAUCGCCGUAUUCAAAUAUCGAUUUCGAUUCGUCGGGACUGCCAACACCGUCUCCAGUCAUUGAUAGGGAUCCCAGUUUGGAAAUGAUGGCUAGAAUGGGAAACGGACAUGACUCGGAGGAUAGGGCCGCUCCACCACCCGCACCACAUGGACGAUUUAUGCAUGAAGAUUCCGGCAUUCCGUCGGCUCCUGGAGUCCCUGACGUCAUCGACGCUGGCAUCGGAGAGGUUACUGUAGUCUGGAGUGCUCCUCUCCAGAAAAAUGGAGGAGAAAUUCGAGGAUAUCAGCUUCAAAUGAGAGAGUUGCCAGAUGGAGAGUGGGAGGAUAUGGGUGUGGAUCAGUUGAUCAAGGAUACCAGUUGUAGAGUGACAAAUCUCACUUCCCACGAAGUACAAUUCCGAGUGUCGGCGUACGGACGAACCGGCUUCGGACCCACAUCCAAUCCGUCGCUUCCCGUCAAAAUUCCGAUCAGUGAGAACGAUUUGGCGACGUCUGCCGGCGCUCCACUGGCUCCCGGCAGACCGACAGUCAUCGCCGUCGAUGGUCAAGGUGUCCUUCUCGAAUGGACCGCCCCUAUAGCGGAUGUUCACUCAUCGCCACCUCAAGGAUACCAAGUCGAGUACCGUGUCUAUGGAAGUCGUGACUGGAUGAUUGCCAACGAACAACUCGUCCAAGACACAAUGUUCACCGUCGAAUCCCUCCGCCCGAAUGGUGUUUACGAGUUUCGGGUUCGUGGAAAGAAUCAAGACGGUUUGGGUCAUCCUAGCUUAUCAUCUGGAGGUGUAGCCAUUCGACCAGCCGCACCACAACGGAAUUUGCCUGCCAGGAAGGUGUCGGAAAGUGUCAAUCCACCGGGACAGCCCCAAAUGGUGGAGGCUGGUGAUGAUUGGGUGAAAUUGGAAUGGGCUCCGAGUGCCGAGCAAGCGGGAUAUAUUGUCGAGUAUCGAGAGGUUGGAGAUCCCACGUGGCAUACGGCGAAUUAUGAUCCAAUUGUGCAGAAUGGGAUACAAGUGGAAGGCCUUCGUCGAAACUCAACAUACGAAUUCUGCGUGAUCUCCGUCAUGGACAACCUCUACUCUCAUCCAUCUGAAACUUCCGACAUCAUUCAUCUCCGACCAAUGGGUCGUGCCUCGUCCCUUCGCGUCGUUCCAGAACUCGCCGAAGCUCCAGAAUUCCUAGACGUUGAUGGUGAUAAGAUUACAAUCUGUUGGCUGCCAGCACACAGUCAACUACCCGUCAUAGGAUACGACGUCGAGUUUCGAGACCUUCAACAGGACGAUCGUUGGUACAAGGUCAAUGAUCAGCCAGUUUUUGCUUGUAAAAUGACAGUAGGAGACUUGAUUCUGGACCACGAUUAUCAGUUUCGUGUGUUGGCACACAAUGCGUCAGGAUGCUCCCAGCCGAGUCCACCCUCGCAAUUUGUGCACAUUGAGCCAUCGACACACCGCCUCUCCGCUCAAACCCUGGACUCUCCCAACUUGGGACAUCACGACAUUGUCAAAUACGUGGAAGCUGAACGAUUUGGAGCCGUUCCGUUGCUCCAAGAGGAAAUGGUCCGAGAAUCACCGCCACUUCCCGAGAGAGAUGACUCACCACCGCCACUUCGAAGAGCCAAUAAUAAUGUCCAAUGGCGCGAUCCAUCCCUCAAAGAAGUGAUCGAAUACCUCUCAUCAGCUGACAAGGACAAACAACUCAACGCAUCCGGCUACCUUCAACACCUAACCUACAGUGAUAAUUUGAUAAAAGAGGAGACGCGUGAACUGGGCGGAAUCCCCAAACUCAUCGCGCUCCUCCGCUCAGACACCCCAAGAAUCCAGAAAAACGCUUGUGCCUGUCUGAAAAACCUCAGCUACGGUAAAGAAAACGACGCGAACAAGAUGGCCGUAAUGGAGGCGGAUGGUGUACGUCAGUUGUCUGAAGUCCUUCGGACCACCCACGACGCAUCUGUCAAGGAGGAGGCAACAGCGGCACUUUGGAAUCUAAGCUCAGCCGAUAUGCUGAAGCCAGUGAUUCUAGAGAGUGCUACGGAGAUUUUGAGUCAGCAAGUUAUGGCUCCACUUUUCUCUGGCCAAGGAUCGGCUGCUUCCGAUCCAUCACGCCAUUUUGGAUCCACGUUGUUCAAAAACUCUACAGGGAUCCUUAGAAACGUCUCAGCGGCAUCGCAAGCAGCCCGACGACGUCUUCGGGAUGUUCCCAACCUCAUUGAAGCCCUAGUACACUUUUUAACGCAUUCUAUCCAAAAAAAUCAGGUGGAUACACCUACUGUGGAGAAUGCAGUUUGCUUGCUCCGGAAUCUGAGCUAUAGAAUUCAAGAAGUUGUGGAUCCGAACUAUGAUCCAGCUGCAGCACAUGUGAACUCGAAGAAUAUGAAACAUGCAGCCUCCCCGAAGCCCAAAAAGAAGGAAAAGGAAUCCAAAAAGAAGGAUUCCAAGAAGAAUCCAAAGAACAUCGUGACGGGACCGUCGCUUCUCUGGCAGCCUCAUGUUGUCAAACUGUACCUGAAACUGCUCCAAGAUAGUUCGAAUAUUGAGACACUUGAAGCGUCAGCCGGAGCCAUUCAGAACUUGGCAGCUUGCCAAUUUCCACCGUCUGCCGAGGUUCGUGCGGCGGUGAGAGUUGAGAAGGGGCUACCGGUACUUGUGGAGCUCAUCCGAUUGCCCGAAGAUUUUGUAGUUUGUGCUGUGGCGACGGCGUUGAGGAAUCUGGCGAUUGAUCCAAGGAAUCGAGAGCUUAUUGGAAAAUACGCUCUACGAGACUUCUUGGAGAAACUUCCGGAACCCGGGACACCACGACGCAGUGCAGUGUCCGAUCAAACGAUUGCAGCAGUUUUGGGAAUUUUAUUCGAAAUCGUUCGGAGCUCGGCGGCCUACACCAAGGAUGUGCAUGAGUUGAAAGGAACCGACAAACUGCGUUUCCUCUCGCGUAACUAUCCAACAUACUCUCAUCGUGUGGCCCGGUACGCCAGUCAGGUACUGUAUGUGAUGUGGCAACAUAAGGAACUUCAAGAUGGAUUCAAGCGGUCCGGUCUCAAGGAAGCUGACUUUUGCUCGUUAGGCCCGAGAAAAGGCGACUCAUCCACCCUAGCUCGUCCAAUCUCAUCCCAAGGUCGUGAACGCCCAUCAAUGCACAAUCUCGACGAGACCCUCUCCUCUGGUGGCGGUUACGGUACCAUGGACCAUCAUCAUCGGUCUACCGUAACCCCAAAUUCAGCGAACCGCCCGGCCAGUGCCACGUCACAAACCAUUCAACGUCGUUACGAUCAGGUGCCUAAUUCUGGUGGUCCCGUCUAUGCUUCGGUCCAAAAACAACCAUCGCCACGUGGCGGCAAUGGCAAUAAUGUUGAUGAUAGUUGGGUCUAG